AUGAAGGUGCUUCGCGCUUUCCUGCUGCUGCUCUGUGCGCUCGCGGUUGCGCACCUGGCGGCCGCGGCGGAGUUCAACCCCGCUCUCGCUACUCUCGCCGCAAGCCCCGACGACAGCCUCCUCGCCACGGGCAAAGCGCUCGCAGAUGACGCAAGCGAGGACGCGGAUGUGCUUAUAACGAACCGCGCUCUUGCGGAGGAGGGCGAAGAGUCGCGCCACAAUGGCGCUGUUCGCGUGCUGACGGAGGUCGACCUGCUCUCCCUGCUGGCGGAGGGGGACGCUUAUGCUGACGUGGCGGACUCGCGGAGGAGCCUGAAGAAGAGGGGGAAGAAAUGCAAGAAGGGGAAGAAGGGAAAGAAAUGCUGGAAGGGGAAGAAGGGGAAAAAGAAUGGCGGCGCGGUAGCAGCACCCGGUGGGGCGGGGGCGGCACCUGGUGGGGCGGCACCUGAGGGGGCGGCACCUGAGGGAGCGGCACCUGGUGGUGCCGACGCUGGCGGGGGUUCAGGUGCGGCUGCGCGCAGCAUGGCGGAGGUCGACAUGCCCUCCCAGAUUGAGGAGGGAGAUGCUGAUGCUGACGUGACAGACAUUCGCAGGAGCCUGAAGAAGAAGGGGAAGAAAUGCAAGAAGGGGAAGAAGGGGAAGAAAUGCAGGAAGGGGAAGAAGGGGAAAAAGAAUGGCGGCGCGGUAGCAGCACCCGGUGGGGCGGGGGCGGCACCUGGUGGGGCGGCACCUGAGGGGGCGGCACCUGAGGGAGCGGCACCUGGUGGUGCCGACGCUGGCGGGGGUUCAGGUGCGGCUGCGCGCAGCAUGGCGGAGGUCGACAUGCCCUCCCAGAUUGAGGAGGGAGAUGCUGAUGCUGACGUGGCAGACAUUCGCAGGAGCCUGAAGAAGAAGGGGAAGAAAUGCAAGAAGGGGAAGAAGGGGAAGAAAUGCAAGAAGGGGCAGAAGGGGAAGAAAUGCUGGAAGGGGAAGAAGGGGAAGGAACCCAAGAAGGGCAUGGAUGGGCCUCCUGCCGCUGCUGGCGCUGAUUCAGCCGCACCGAGUGGGGGCGAGGAGGCGGGGUCUGAUGGCGCGGCUGCUCGCAGCAUGGCCGAGGUCGACCUGCCCUCCCCGCUGGCGGAAGGCGAUGAGGAUGCUGAUGGCGAUGCUGACGUGGCGGAUGUGCCGUACUCUGGUUCCUCUCGCACACGCCCCCUCUCCCCUCCCUCCACCUCUCCUUCACCCAUCCCUCCGUCAUCCCCCUCCUCCGCCGCCCCUUCUCCCUCCCCGCCUGCUCGCUCUUACUCUCCUCGCUCACCUCUCUCGAACUCUCCCUUCGAGGCAAGACCCACGACUAUAAAGUCAACAACUGGCACGAGCCUCCACUCCCUCACUCUCGGGCGCGGCGCGUGGCGAUUCGACAAGUCCUCCUGCGUCGCGGCUCCUUUGUCCCGCUCAAUAACGAGCCUCACCCUCCGAGCCAACGACGCCAGGGGCCCGAACCUCAAAGCCCUGGCGGAAUUCACGCCGCAACUACACGAGUUUACCUUUUAUGAGCCGGAGAGUCUCGCAUACGGGGUGGUAUCCGGCCCUGUUUACCUUAAACUGGAUUUCCCCCGCAUCCGCCGCCUCACCUUCCGCUUCGUGCAUGACGAGCUCAAGCUUCGGCUCUCUCUGCCACCCGCGUUCACGUCGUUCCACGCGUCCGCGAAAACCCUGAUUCUGAACUGCAGCUCCGCCAGCCCGUUGGUUCUCGACCAGCUGUUCCUCUUCGGGAAGACGAGGCUGCAUAUCUCAUCGUUCGCCGUUGGAUCUGUCCGCGCGCUCUACCUGAACGGUCCGAUCAGGUUCUACCCGACAUGGCCGAACCCGUAUAUUCUUAAGAAGCGGCAGGGGUUUGGAAUGUACUCCGAGAUGCCGCCGCCGCCUUUUCCUUGGGCUGACUGGCUGCGCGCACUAGCGCCGACAACGGAGGUUCUUAUAGCGAGGCACGAUAUCCGCCUCGACUCCUGCGGAGUGGCCGGGCCGCGCCUGCAGAGCCUCGCGAUCGUCGUGGAGUGCGACUGCGCGAGGGCGAAAGCGGUGCCCGGCGAAGUUACCCUAGAAGACGCGGUGCGAACAGACGCAUCCUACUCCGUGCGGGAGAAGCGGCGCGAGGAGUAUUGGGGGAGGAUGCGCGAGCAACGGCUGGAGGAGGACCGGCAGGACGAAGAACGCAUGUCCGGCAAGUACACGACGCGCUUCCACACUGGCCCCUUCGGCAACCAAGUGGCCUCGGGAUCGAAGAUCGACAACGACACUGAGUACGAUUACGAGCCGAACGAGGAUGAGCGCUGGGAAAGCAGCUACGAAGAGUACGCAACCAAGUAUUCCCUGGAACCUCCGCUCAUCGAGGAUCUGAAAUUCGUCUUUUUUCCGACCAGCAGGCGCGCGGAUGCGAACCUGCUGGGUGCGCUGCAAGCGGCGUAUCCUAGCGUGGAAAUGUACUGUGCUGAGGGGAGCUCUUGGUAUUGA